CUCACACGCAAAUGGCUCACCUCUUCAGAGAGCUGUCUCUGGGUCACUCCAAGAGAGAGACAACGCCGGAAACUUCACGCUCCUCUUCAAUGGCCUCCACUAUACCUUCCGAUCUACCACCGUCUCCACUCGGCCAACUCGCCGUUGAGUUUUCCCAAUCCGAUCUCCGCCAAAUUGCCUACGAGAUUUUCGUCGCAUCAAACCGUAGCGCCACCGGGAAGCCUCUCUCAUCAGUGGCCGUUUCUAAUCCGGAAUCUCCGAGCAACGGCGUCUCUCCCGCUUCUCCAGCAGUCCAGCGUUCUCUGACCGCAGCCGCCGCGAGUAAGAUGAAGAAAGCCUUGGGGAUGAAGUCCUUGUCCUCCUUAUCGCCUGGAUCUACCAAGAGCCCUGGUUCCGGUUCGGGUUCCGGUUCGGGUGGUAAGUCGAAGCGUCCCGCUACUGUCGGCGAGCUCAUGCGGAUCCAAAUGGGAGUUUCGGAGUCUGUCGAUUCGCGUGUUCGUAGAGCUUUUCUAAGGAUUGCUGCUACUCAGGUUGGAAGGAAGAUAGAAUCGGUGGUUCUUCCGUUAGAAUUGUUGCAGCAGCUAAAGUCUUCUGAUUUUACAGAUGAGAAAGAGUACGAUGCUUGGGUGAAGAGAUCACUCAAGGUUCUUGAGGCAGGUCUUCUUUUGCACCCUCGUGUACCACUUGACAAGACCAAUUCUUCUCAACGGCUGCGACAGAUUAUCCAUGAAGCUCUGGACCGGCCUUUAGAGACGGGAAGGAACAAUGAGCAGAUGCAAAGUCUUCGAUCAGCCGUCAUGUCUCUAGCCACUAGAUCUGAUGGCUCUUUCUCUGACUCUUCCCACUGGGCUGAUGGCUCUCCCUUCAAUCUCAGGCUCUAUCAACUUCUUUUGGAAGCGUGCUUUGAUUCUAGCCACGCCGCGUGCAUGGUGGAGGAAGUUGACGACCUUAUGGAGCACAUAAAGAAGACUUGGGUGAUUCUUGGAAUCAGCCAAAUGCUGCAUAACCUCUGUUUCACCUGGCUUUUGUUUUCUCGCUAUGUUGUGACUGGACAAGUUGAGAUGGACCUGCUCUACGCUUGUGAAUCUCAACUUGCGGAAGUUUCUAAAGAUGCAAAGACAACAAAGGAUCCUGAGUACUCCCAAGUUUUAAGUGCUACGCUAAGUGCUAUAUUAGGUUGGGCAGAGAAAAGGCUACUUGCAUACCAUGACACUUUUGACAGAAGUAAUGUUGGUACCAUGGAGGGAAUUGUUUCUUUAGGUGUAUCAGCAGCCAGGAUAUUAGUUGAGGAUAUAUCUAACGAGUAUCGUCGAAGGAGGAAAGGAGAAGUUGAUGUUGCUCGUACAAGAAUCGAAACAUACAUUAGGUCGUCACUACGAACUGCUUUUGCUCAGAGAAUGGAGAAAGCAGAUUCUAGCAGGAGAGCAUCAAGGAACCAGAAGAACCCUCUUCCUGUUCUCGCCAUCCUUGCUAAAGACAUUGGUGAGCUAGCUGUUCAGGAGAAGCGAAUGUUUAGUCCGAUAUGGAAGAGAUGGCAUCCGUUUGCUGCAGGAGUUGCUGUGGCUACUCUCCAUGUUUGUUACGGAAACGAGAUUAAACAGUUUAUAUCAGGAAUAACUGAAUUGACACCUGAUGCUGUCCAGAUAUUAAGAGCUGCAGAUAAGCUAGAAAAAGAUCUUGUGCAAAUCGCAGUAGAGGAUUCUGUUGACAGUGAUGAUGGCGGCAAAGCAAUUAUCCGUGAAAUGCCUCCUUUUGAAGCUGAGACCGUUAUUGCUAAUUUGGUUAAAGACUGGAUCAAAGCAAGAAUAGACAGACUAAAGGAAUGGGUUGACAGGAAUUUACAGCAAGAGGUUUGGAAUCCGCUGGAGAACCAAGAAGGAGGAUAUGCACAAUCAGCUGCCGAAGUGUUGCGGAUUACUGAUGAAACUUUGGAAGCGUUUUUUCAGCUUCCCAUACCCAUGCAUCCUGCUGUAUUACCUGAUUUAAUCAUUGGUUUAGACAAAUAUCUUCAGUAUUAUGUCUCAAAGGCUAAAUCCGGCUGUGGUUCCCGCACUACGUACAUGCCGACAAUGCCUGCACUCACACGUUGUACAACGGGGUCGAAAUUCCAAGGUGUUUGGAAGAAGAAGGAAAAGGCAGUUCCUCCUCAAAAGAGAAACUCUCAGGUUACGAUUGCGAAUGGAGAGAGUUCCUUUGGAGUCACGCAGAUAUGCGUCAGAAUAAACAGCUUGCACAAAAUCCGCAGCGAGCUCGACGUUGUGGAAAAGAGAAUGAUCACACAUUUGAGGAACUGUGAGUCAGCUCACACCGACGACUUCUCCAACGGCUUAGGGAAAAAGUUUGAGGUCACACCAGCGGCUUGCAUCGAAGGUGUUCAACAGCUAUCUGAAUCUCUGGCUUAUAAGGUCGUCUUCCAUGACUUAAGCCAUGCAUUAUGGGACGGGCUAUACAUCGGUGAGCUCUUGUCCUCUAGAAUCGACCCUUUCCUCAAGGAGCUGGAACAUAAUUUGACAGUCAUUGCAGAGACAGUACAUGAAAGAGUCCGUACACGCAUCAUUACCGAUAUUAUGAGAGCUUCUUUCGAUGGCUUUUUACUCGUCCUACUGGCUGGAGGACCCUCCAGGGCGUUUACGAUACAAGAUUCUCAGGCAAUGGAAGAAGAUUUUAAAUCUAUGAAAGAUUUGUUCUGGGCUAACGGAGACGGGCUUGCCAUGGACUUGAUCGAUAAGUUCUCGACCACGGUUAGAGGCGUGCUUCCUCUGUUUAGUACAGACACAGAUAGUUUAAUAGAUAGGUUCAAGGGGAUGACGCUUGAAGCUUACGGUUCUUCAGCUAAGUCUAGGCUUCCGUUGCCUCCAACCUCAGGCCAAUGGAGUGGUAUGGAACCAAAUACGCUUUUGCGUGUUCUGUGUUAUCGUAACGAUGAAUCUGCGACGAGGUUUCUUAAGAAGACAUAUAAUCUGCCAAAGAAGCUCUAGUGGAAUCUACUGGAAUGUUUAAGAAGAUGAAGAGUGUGUUUUACUUGCAGGGAGCAUCCAAGCUUUGUAUAGUGAGUUUCAUUUUUUUU